GCAGUCAAUUUUGCGUUUCUUUUGCCAUCAAACGCGUUUCAACCAUUUGUUUGCGUUCGUCAACUUCCGACAAGCGGAGGACGAUCUCUUUUCCGUCAAAUUGCACUGCGGUGAACACAUUUGACCGAGAUGUCGGCCCACAAGACUUUCCGGAUUAAGAAGAAGCUUGCCAAAAAGCUAAAGCAAAACAGACCCAUUCCACAAUGGAUCCGAAUGCGCACCGGUAAUACGAUUCGCUAUAACGCCAAGCGCCGCCACUGGAGGCGUACCAAGCUGAAGCUGUAAGCUUACGGCGGACUCGAUUCCAUGUUUACAUCCACUGCGAUAUAAUUGGGGAGAAUGGUCGUUUUCGGGCUUUGCUUGUUCCCGUUAUUCCGAUGAAAAUGGAAUUGUAAGUGCGCAGUUACGGGAUUCCGAAUAAAGUAUGUGAAGUCUGCAAGUGAUGAUUCUGCCUGAAAAAAGUGCUAGUUCGUGCUGAAUCGAAGAAUCGAAACGAAAGAAAUGCCAACAGUUCAGUUGUGACAGUUGAUCUCCGGAACAAUUUACUGCAUUUUAAUAAGCUAGCACGAAUUUCCCGUCCAAUGCAGCGAAAAGUGGGAAAAUCGUGAGUUAUACACAGAAUGCAACAAAUUAGGCAAUAAGUUAUUCAUUUUUAGUAGGUA